UCCAGUUAAACAGAGCUGAAUACGUACAUAUAUUUCAUUAGAGUUAAGAUUUCUACUGCAUGUUAGACUAUGAUGGAUUCUGGAUGUUGGUGUGCAUCGUUCCAAGCCGUUCGUAAUGAUGAAACAGCAACACUGGAAUACUUAGUAUCAUUUCCAAGUCUUUGUGUUAAUUCGGAACAGGGUGAAUCCAUUCUUAUGUUAGCUUGCAGGAAACAGAACUUAGAAACAGUUUCUAUUUUGUUGAAACACCAAAAGGUGAAGGACAUGAUCAAUAAAAUUUCACAUGUCGAAGGUCUUUCAGCUUUACAUUUAUCUAUACAAUUGGGACAGUCUGAGACCACGUGUCUUCCAUUAAUAAUGGCGUUAGUUGAAGCAGGGGCGGAUUUAAAUAUUUGUUCCAGAGAAAUGAUGACCCCCUUGUUAAUGUCUGCCAAUAGGGGAUUUGUAUCGGUAUUGGCAUAUUUGAUAGAUCAUGGUGCUGAUGUUCAUGCAGUAGAUCAACAUGAAUGUACAGUUCUCCACCACAUUGUCACGAAACCCAACGCGUGUGUGAUUUUACAGAAAUUAAUUAUCACAGGAAUACAAAUUAAUUUACAAAAUAAGUUUGGUGAAACCCCGUUAUAUCUCGCUACGGAAUCCAACAACGAGUUUGCUGUAAAUAUGCUAUUACAAACAAAUGACUCUUGUGUGGAUUUAGCUGAUAGAAAAGGGAUCACACCACUUAUGUUGGCUGCAAUAGAAAAUGAAAUCAGAAUUAUACAACUUCUACAUAAACACGGUGCUAGUGUCAAUGAACAAGAAUAUCGAGGUAGAACAUCUCUAUAUCUCGCAGUAAAAAAUGGCAAUAACAGCAGUGUUGAGGUUUUGUUAAAGAUGGAAGGCUGUAAUGUUAAUCUGUGUGAUAACAAAGGAAAAUCGCCCUUAAUGUUAGCUUCAAAAUACGGCAAUUUGGAACUAAUUGAGCUUCUUCAUAAACACAAUGUUGACGUUAAUAAACAAGAUGAUCUAGGUAGAACAUCUCUAUAUCUCGCAGUACAAAACGACUAUUUAAAUGCUGUCGAUAUUUUGUUAAAAAUCAAUGGCUGCGACGGUGCUAGUGUUAACAAACAAGAUGGCCGCGGUAGAACAUCUCUGAAUUUUGCAAAACGAAAUGGCAAUAACAGUACUGUUGAUGUUUUGUUAAAAACAGAUGCCUGUGACGCGAAUUUGUCUGAUAACCAAGGAAAAUCCCCUUUAAUGUUAGCUGUACAAAGUGGCAACACAGAACUUAUGGAACUUCUUCAUCAAUAUGGUGCAGACAUUAACCAACAAGAUAAUCGCGGUAAAACAUCUCUGUAUCUGGCAGUACAAAAUGACGAUUUAAAUGCUGUUGAUGUUUUGCUAAAAAUGAAUGACUGUGACGUGAAUUUGUCCGAUAGCAAAGGCAAAUCGCCCUUAAUGUUAGCUGUACAAAACAGCAACACCGAACUUAUUGGACUUCUUCAUCAAUAUGGUGCAGAUAUUAACAAACAAGAUGGCCGCGGUAGAUCUGCUGUUUAUUACUGUUUGCAUCAAAUGUGCAGACGUGGUGAGUAUAGCAUAGAAAUAAUGAAGUUGUUGGAAUGUUUUGGUGCGGAAUUUAGAACACAAGACUGCGACAAUAAAUUAAUAAAACACGUGAUGAAACACUCUUAUGCUUAUUUCCAGCAUUUGGUAGAUUCCAAUAUGGUUGAUUUUGAUGGUUUGGAUAAAAACGGUGACAACAUUUUACAUUAUUUAGCCAGGCGUUUCACAAACUUUUCUCUUUUUUUCGCCUCUAUGAAUUGCCCUGUUCUUUCUUUUUUAAAUGUCGUUUUGACUGAUAAGCGGAUUGAUAUGAACCGUAUAAAUUCUACGGGUAACACACCAUUAAUGGUUGCAGCUAUUUUAUACAACAAAUCGUAUAUGCAAGCUUUGUUACAGCAUGGAUGCAUUACUAAUAUAAGCAAUAUUUAUGGACAUACUGUCUUACAUCUCUGUAUUAUUGGAUUCGUAAAAAGUAUUUACCGUGAUUGCUACACUGAAUGGGACUCGGGGUUGUUAGCUGCUAUAUUGUCUUCAGAUAUAGAUGUCAAUGCACAGGACAAAGAUGGACAAACUGCCUUAAUGCUGGCUGCUAAACUCGGAGAAUAUGGCCUCGUAAAACAACUAUCCAGAGCCGGUGCUGAUUGUAAGAUAUUGGAUAAGUUUGGAAAGUCGAUGGUAAAGUAUCUUGACUUCGAUCGGAUAACAGAUGUUAAUUUCUGUAAAUACAUUAUCCAUGGUUUUGGAGUAGAUAUAACAGACAAAACAGGGAAAAAGAUGAUUGACGUGGCCAUGGAGUUUAUGCAUCUUGGUGAAUUAUCGGAUGCUUUGAAGCUGAUUAGUUACCUAAUGGCUGCAAACUAUUGCUUUCAGAAUCUUGGACGGAAUAGGCAAAACAGGAUGUACUUUGUCUCGAUGUUGUAUCUCUUAUCUUGUCAACUUAACGAUCAUAGAAAAUUGUUGUAUGAAAGUGGGGCGGACAGGAUCGACAUUGUUUCCAUUUUACAUUUCAUGGAAGAUGAGUACAGGUACAAUGACGCACAGGCAACUAGACCAGUGUCAAAAGAAUCAGAAUUCCAUUUAUUUUGUAAUAACAUUUGCUUAAAGUCCUUGUGUAGGAGAAUUAUAAGGCAACGUUUGGGACCAAACAUACAAGACAAAGUUACCCAGCUCAAGUUACCAUUAACAGUGCAGAAUUUCCUCUUAUUGAAAUAUUCAUUAGAAGAUGAAUAUUUCAACUUAGAAACUGAAGAUAAUGAGGACGAUGGGGAUGAUUACUACGAUUUUGAUGUUGAAAAUUAUACUACAAAUGAAUUUUGUAUAGAUCUUUACGAUUCAGAAGAAUAUUAUGACUUCCAUGAUUGUGAUACAUGUACACCAUUGUGCAACUCCUCCACUACCUCCUCGCUUUCGUCGUCACCAUCAUCACCACCGUCGCUGUGUUCUUCACCAGCAUCCUAAUCCUAAUCCUCACCAUCACUACCAUCGCCGUCAUCGCUAUGUUCCUCCUACUCCUCGAUAUCAUGAUCACCAUUAGCAUAGUGAUCCUCACCAGCAUCCUGAUCUGCAUCUAUACCAGCAUCACCAAUAUUGCUAUAUCGUUAAUGGAUAUCUAAACUUCCUUGUUCAGCCUCGGCAGUUAUGUUUUCAGUAUUUGUGUUUAAAAAUCAAGAUUUAACCAAGACACUAUUGUUUAUCUAGGAUGAAGGCAUCGGAUGUUGUCAUCAAUAUUUACUUUUAUGCCAACUUCUGAAUUAUUAGUAUAACUAUAGAGUUUAUAGCAGGUCUACUGCAUCACCAGUAAGCAAUUUUGACUUUUUGUUCUAAGGUUCAUUAUCGUCUAAUAUUUUUGCGUUGGAUAAAAAUACUGAGUAAAUCAUAGACAAAAAGGUUAUAAAAGUAGAUUCCUAAGUGGGAAAUUAUCAAAAUAAUAUUGUACACCAUUGUAAAUAUUUAGAAAUCGGUAUCUAUAUGUACUGUAUGUGAUGAAACAAUGACAAAAUAAUAUUAUACCCCAUUGUAAAUAUUUAAAAAAAGGUAACUCUAUAUACUGUAUGUAUAAACAAUGACAAAUCGUCAAUAAAAUUGGGCAAGUUGACUUUCUAUAUAACAAGUUUUUCGUCCCGUCCGAACAACUAUAUGUUAUCCCUUGCCAAGGUCUCAGUCCUGCAUCACUGAAAAGGGAAACCACCUCGGUUAAUCCAUGAUCUUCCUCAGCCAACAACGGGGUCGAAGACAGGACCCCCAUGUCAGCGAGCCAACUCCUUACUUAGUGAGCUACCGAGGCUCCCAACAAAUUAAAGAACUAUUUAACGAGUUAAAAUAUAGAAUAGUAUAAAAAUUGGAUAUUGAUGAGUUAUUAUUGUUCCAAUAUCUAAUUAGAUACUGAAUAACGAGAUAAAAUAUAGAAUAGUAUAAACAUUAGAUAUUGAUGAGUUAUUAUUGUUCCAGUAUCUAAUUAGAUACUGAUUAACGAGUUAAAAUAUAGAAUAGUAUAAACAUUAGGUAUUGAUGAGUUAUUAUUGUUCCAGUAUCUAAUUAGAUACUGAUUAACGAGAUAUAAUAUUAAA